GCAUGGAAAUGGAUACCAGGGAGUGGCGGGAUGCGUAGACUGCAAGGCAGAGAGCAAAAAAGACAAAACAGAAGAGAUAUUGCGUACAAUGUUAACACCAGUUCCUGUGAGGGAUGAGAGGGAUGAAACCAGCACAGACUUUAAUUAGAACCGCAGAAGCAGCACAUUGUUGUCCCGGUGCAGGUAAAGAUGAAUACUUGGCGUACCAAAAAAGAAGAAAGUGUCACUCCAAGGAUGAGAGAUGUUUCUUCUUUGUGAGUAAGCACACCCUGAUCCUGGACCAGCUGACAACCGAAGUAUGUCAGAGCAAGUGACUGACUUCCAAGGUCAGAGCUUCCACAAGCUCCGCCGCGCCUGCCUGCGACGCGGCGCCCUCUUCAAGGACCCCGUUUUCCCCGCCACCGCCCAGUCGCUCUUCUACAAGAGGGCACCCCCGCCAGGUGUAACCUGGAAGAGGCCUCAGGAGAUCUGCAAGGACCCGCGUCUGUUUGUGGACGGCAUCAGCACCCGUGACCUGCACCAAGGCAGCCUGGGUAACUGCUGGAUGGUAGCAGCCAUUUCCUGUUUGGCGUCUGAGCCCACACUGUGGAAAAAGGUCAUCCCGGACCACACGGACCAGGAGUGGAACCCCAAGUGUCAAAACCUGUAUGCAGGGAUCUUCCAUUUCCGCUUCUGGCGUUUUGGCCGCUGGUUGGAUGUAGUCGUGGAUGAUCGGCUGCCUGUCAGUGAGGACGGCACGCUUCUCUUCUGUCGCUCGGCCACACCUAGAGAGUUUUGGAGUGCCCUGCUAGAAAAGGCCUACGCCAAGCUUAACGGCUGCUAUGAGGCCUUGGAGGGAGGAAACACAGCAGAGGCUCUUAUUGACUUCACUGGGGGGGUUUCAGAGCCGAUCAGCCUGGAUCGAGAGGCCCUCAUCGGGCACAGCGACCAAAGGAAGGCUCUCUUCCAGAUGCUGGCCAGGGCCUACGAACACAAAGCCCUCAUUACAUGUUCUAUACGGCCAGCUGAAGGUGAGACAGUGGAGUCCGUGCUGGACUGUGGUCUUGUGCGAGGACACGCCUAUGGAGUGACGGCGGUGAGGAAAGUGUGGCUGGGGGAGAAGCUACAGAAGGCCAGCGGAGCAUCCCGACUCUUCUUGGCGCGCAUGAGAAACCCGUGGGGAACCACCGACUGGACGGGUGCUUGGAGUCAGCGGUCGCAGCAGUGGCAGCAGAUGAGCCGUGCAGAAAGGGAGAAGAUGGGGCUUGUGGUUCGGGACGUUGGGGAGUUCUGGAUGGACUUUGAGGACUUCUGCCGUUACUUCACGGAUGUGGUCGUGUGCCGCCUGGUUGAGAGGGCCUUCCUGUGGCCUAGUUCCCACUGGAGAGAAGUGCGCUGCUAUGGCGAGUGGUCCCCAGCGCCGUCCUCGGCUCACUGGCAUCCAUCAGCUGCCUGCAUGCUGAGCUGGAGGAAGGACAACCAGGUUGGGGAGCUUCGUGGGAGAGAAAAGCUCCCCAAAAAAGUGUCAAAGAAUGACGAUGGCGAUGACGGGGAGGAACUAAAUGGAGGCUGGGAGGUCCACUUAGACAAGAGGAGCCGGUGUGGAGGAUGCAUCAACCACAAGGAGACUUUCCUGCACAAUCCACAGUUCAUGUUUGAGGUGCGAAACCACGAGGAGGAGGUGCUCAUGUGUCUGCAGCAGGAGGAUCAGAGGAUACGCAGGAAGGAUGGAGGAGGUGAAAACCUGCCGAUUGGAUUUGAGGUCUUAAAGGUGGAAGUGAACCGCUGCAGCCGAGUGCAGCGUGUGGUGGAGCAGGCGGCCAGCUCCAUCUACAUGGACUCUCGCAGCAUCACAUUGAAGGUCACUCUGGCGCAGGGCCGCUACGUGGUGCUGCCCACCACCUUCCUGCCGGGUGCCACCGGACGCUUCGUUGUUCGUCUCUUUUCUCAUACCCAUAUACAGCUCAGGGAACUUAAGGACGACUUACCGUCUCCCUCCUUGUUCCAGUGUCUUUCGCCUCAGCCCACCGUGGUGACCACAGUCCACCUCCUGAGGGCGACAGGGCUCUGCCCCCCUAAACAGACAGCUCCAGAUAUUUAUGCCAUCAUUCGAUGUGAGAGGGCCACCAUCAGGACACGGGUGUUCAAGGCUGAAGGAAACCCGGAAUUCAACCUGAGGAGCAUCUUUUACAGGAGAUACCCUGAUGCUCACAUCUCAGUCGAGCUGUGGAGCAGAGGACUGCUGUGGGACUCCAUCCUGGGCCGGGCCAGACUCCACCCAGCAGAGACUGAGAUGAGACAAGACCAUGUGAUGGAGUUACGAGGUGGCCGGUCGGGCUCACUACGCCGUCGCAUCUAUGUUGAGACAUCCUCCAGCGUCUGCUUGACAGAACUGUAA